CCUGUGCUUCCCUGGCGGCAUUGCCAGCUCUGCACAGGCCCAGUUUCUCUAAUCAGAUGAAGCUGCAGGAUUAUCUCUCUCCCUCCCUCCUGGGCUCCAUUUUAUUUCCUCUCCAGCCAAGGGGGAGCCAGGAAGGGGCAGCACAUCGAGGCAGAGGGAUCCCCAUCUCCCAAUCCCCUGCUCUGAUGCUCUCUAACAAUCCCACCUCCUUCACCUUAUCAUAUGCUCACCUUAGUGUCAACAGCAUCAGGCGGAUCAAGGAGAGGAAAUCUGAACUCUUUGGGCUUUCAUCCUCCUCAGAUUUCUGAGCAUCUGUUUUUAAAUACCCUCCAAGUAACUUGUGCAGGGAAGCUGGAUGUGCAGUCUCUGAGUGGGGGGAAGAUCUCUCUUUUUUUGCCAUGUCAUCUGACAGCCACCAGCUGAUCACCCAUUCCUAUCAGGACUCACCAAGUUCUACUUGUCAGAGUCUCUUGAAUGUCAACAGUCACCCCCUAUCCAAGAGCUCCUCAAAUCUGGCCUGUAUUGGACACUCAAGGAGUUUAGAGGAAAAGCAAAACAAACAGGAGCUGAAAAAAAGCCAUAGUAGCCAUAUCCUGGAAAACAGGAGUGAUGCGAGGAAUGUGCAGAGUCCUGGAUGGUCCUCCACGCAGCCUGGGAUGAUGGGACAUGGAUCAGAGGUCCAAACUAUGAAUGACCAGUCAGCCAAUGACCAUUCAGAGGACAGAACUAAGAAUACAAACCAUGUUCUUGUCACUGAACAGUCCUCAGCCCCCUGGGGAGUGGGGGACACUAAAAUGUGUGUAAAGAGCAGCACUGUUGAGAACGUUUCUUCAGCCUGCUUUGUUCACCAGCAAGACAUGUGUAAAAUGGAAGAAUCAGGAGCUGCCCUUCAGAGAAGCCACUCAGACCUAACCUGCAGCUGCAAAGAGCAGACUUAUGUCACUCACACAGAAACCAGUGCUACUCACUCCAGCCUAAGCUCUUCUGGCUGCAGGCAUGGUCUGCCAGUGGCUAGGAUGUCUUUCCAGACACAGGGAUAUGGAUCAGAAACAAAUGAAAAUGCAUCUCACUAUCAAAACCUUGUGACUCAUCUUCCAGUCCUACCUAGAGGCCAACAAGUACCCACAAAUAGCUUUGACAGUGGCAGUAUUCCACAUAACACUACUGUUUACACAGAUCCUGGCACAUUUCACUCUGCUGUUCUAGGACCCCACAUGCCUGGAAAUGGUUUCCCAAACAGGACAAUGUUCAGUCAAGCCCCUGGGAUUGUUCAUGGUGGUCUGACUUAUGGUAAUAUUCCAAACUCUGUGUACUCCCCCAUGGUGAUGACAGUUCACAACAACUCUGUGGGGCCCUGCAGUCUCAGGCAGGAUGCCUUGAAGGCAGAUGCCACCAUCCCAGCCUACUGUCACUCCUUGCCCAUCCCAUCCAUACAGCUCAUCCCACGGUUGGUAUGCUCCGUCAGUGAGACAGGAAAAGAGCAGGCAGCACCUGGCUACUUUAAUUCCUUUUCUGCUUCAGACAUUCUGACAUAUCCUAAGCUGGUGUCUUCAGUAAGUGAAUCAGGCCUGGAUGCCAAGAAAAUCCUGAAGUGCUGUAACUCUCCUGGAGAACAACAGCAACCUGCUCAGCAGGAGAGAGCUCUUCCAGAAGCCAAGGCUACCUGUGUUGCCCUGAGUGUCCAGCAAGGUGCAGACAUGGUAGUGACAACUAAGGAUAUGUGGACUAUGACCUCUAUGAAUGACAUAACCAAAGGCCUAAAACCAGCUCUGGAGCAUAGAGAUGCCGAGGUACAAACUCUUCCAACCAGGGAAUGCAAGUCAGUGGCAACAAGCCCAGCAGCUGCAGCAGAAGGUCACUCACAUGUGUUCCCAGAGGUGAACCUGGAGCAAGACUCGGAGACCCCCAAAUCUCCAGUUCGUGAAGUGAGAUGGGAUGAUGAAGGAAUGACGUGGGAAGUGUAUGGGGCAUCUGUGGAUCCCGAAGUCCUCGGAGUAGCCAUUCAAAAACAUCUUGAGAUUCAAAUAGAACAGUUACAAUCAGAGCCUGCUGAGGCAGCUGGGAAAAGCAAUGAGAAAAAAAGGCCUUUCAGAACAAUGAUGCAUUCCCUGAGAUAUCCAAGCUGUUGUGCUCGCUCCAGUACUGCAGUGGAGUGAGCACAGCUGUAGGGUGUAGGAUAGCUGUGCUGCUUUUAAACUGUACAUAAAUGCUGACUCUUAAGUGUUAACAUAGUGUACGUGGACAGCCCACAUCAGGAUGAAUGGGAAAAGUUCAGUGAUCAUCAAAUCAUCAUCAAUACAUUAAAGCAAGAAAAAGUCCAUGGCUGGGCCAUAUAACAGAGAACAUGAGAUUAUACUUAAAUAAUGCUAUCCAAGUGUUCUUGACUGUAUUUAAUGUAGCACUGUUUUCUUUUAUGUUAGUUUUAAACUGUUUUGCAAGGAAUGGAACUUCUUUUUUAAUGAUACAUCUUUUUGAAAUAAUUAUGACUUUUUUCUGUAUUUUAAUAAUUUAGGGUUAGAAAACAGAGUUUUAAAAGUUCUUAGCUUUCAAUCAAAUUCCCUUAAAUUGUUUUGGCAGCUGUUUUACUGUUAAUUUAAUAAUCCUGACUAUAAGCCCACUUUAACUGUAGGCAAAAUAACAAACUAGUGUAAUGUUCUAUGACAAAGAAUUGUAACUUUUUUCUACAUAAUUAUGAAGUAAUUUCAGUGUUGCUAGUCUGAACUCUUCCCUUAGCAAGCUCAUGUACAGUUGGAGGACACUAUCAACGUUGCAAUUAGUUUAUAUUUAUGAUGAAUUACAUUCUAAAUAUCCAGAACUUGUGUUUACCAAGUGGUUAACACAAAUGUACAGUAUUACCAAAGAUGAAUGAUGUAAUGUUAAUUGCUUACUGAAUGCUUGUGUUAGAGGCCUGAAACAGAAGCUGUUCAGUUUAGUCUGUGGUACCACCAUACCCUACAAUUCAUGAGCCAUUUUGGUUUGGUUAUAUUAAAAGUAAUUUCCAGUGAGUUCUUUUUAUGUGCAUCUAUCCUGAGCAGUGGUUGUUUGGCUCUUGCAUAAGCCACAGGGGACAAUUUGCACGUAACCUUUGCCUGUCUUGUGUUCUCUCUGUGGUCUGACGUCAGGCAUCUGCUGAAAGUGAGACCUUGUGUCUUCCGCAAAGGACAGUCCUAAGGUUAUUCCGAGUGCCUUGGUCAUUUGGGCAGCUAAAAGAUUUAUUUUCUUCUGAAAACAACUUUGCAAACAGGUUGUCAGUGAGCAAUGUGUUAUGACAGUGUAAUGCAGCUAUAGUGCAGGGCCUGAUGGAAGUGAAAGAUUUGACAAGGAAGCUGAGAAUACUGCUGCCAGUGUCAUAUGUGCCUUUGGUGAAUGCCUAAGAUUCUUGGGGAAACAACAUGUGCAAUGCUUUCUUUUAUUGGAGAGACAGGAAACAUUCAUUUCUGUCUCAAAGGAAAAUCUGCAGUGUCUGAGAACUUCCUGCUGUGGAAUUAGCCACUCUUACUUUAAAUGUGUGUGGUUGUGCUUUGUUGGUUUGGUUUGGUUUUUGUUCCAGUAAGGCAGCAGACUGUCUCCACAAUGUUCACCUGACAUUUGCAUAUCAAGAGGAACCCCUGGUGAUUAGGACAGCUUUAAACUUUCAUCUAGAAAACCCUUAAAUGUAGGAUCUCCUAGCUGGAAUGUCCUGUGCUGUAUUAAUUUAAUGAUGUAGAGUAGUUAAAAAUCAAAUUUUCACUCAAGUGAAAAUUUAACAGUGGGAUUUAACAGAGCUGGCUCCAGUGAAAUUCACCUUGCUUUCAGGAGGCUUCAUUCAGACCUUAGGACUUUAGCCUCAAAGAAGUCUGAGCUCAAAAUAAGUUUUAUACAAAGCGAGUGUGAAACCACUGGAAUAUAAUGCCUUACUUAGGAUGCCCCUAUAGCUGUGAGCAUCUAAGUUCUGAUAAUGAUUCUGGAUGUUAAAAUUCCUUUUAUUGAAGCUUUCAUAGGAGUAAGGAAGUAAUGAGUAACUACAUAAAAUUACUCUGCUGUUAUUUAGAGUUUAGCUAAGCAGUUUCUAUGCAGGCUUAUUUUAUGGCCCAGAGUAUUGAACAUUGAUUUUUCCUUUUCUUCAAACAUUUCACUUUGAGAAUUUUAAGCACUAUAGUGGUCUAAAACCUUGUGCUGUCUAUUAGCUUGUCCUCGGGUGUGCAGGAGAAUUAAAGAUAGUCAAACUAAAGCUUUGAAAUAGCAAGAAUACCUUCCUCCCAUGGCCAUUGUAAUCCAUACUUUAUUUGACAUGUGGAAAAUAUGUAUUCUCCUUCCCACUCCUGCCAUUCCAAACACCAAAAUAAAUCCCCCACCUGUAGGAAGAUUAUAUAAUAAGACCAGUAUCAAACUGAUCAGAGAGUUUGCAGAAGGGACUAGAAUAAAAUGGCAAAGUCCCUUGAAUUCUUUGUCUGUUGUGCUAUAAAACCUGGAAAAAAUAAUGUAUUUCAUACAGUUCUUAUGUGUCAAUUACUUAUGGUUUAUGCAUUGGUAUAGCUUGCUACUACAGUCCUAAACACUGAUUAUCAUUCCUGGAUGAUAAAAAAAAAUUACAAGUAAAGGCAAAGGAUACCAGUGAUUUGCAAGUUCAGAAAAACAGAUGCUCCCUCAUUAUGGGCAUUCUGAAUCUUCAUGUUAUUAAUCAGGGUUGCUGUUAUUUACAAAAAAUAGUGCUUAUGUUUGAGGACUUCCUGCACUUUUGGAGGGGUUUAAAGUACAAGAAUAUAAUGGAAAUCUGAAGAAAAAAGUAAUAACAAACUUUCAUCUGAAUAUUAGUUACAGGGAUAAAGCAAGUUGUUUUACUUGUCAAAGUCAAAGUCUUUAAAAAGGGUUAUUUGGACUAGUUUUGCAUUUGGGUUCAAUUUUAUAAAAAAUCAAAUGCAGCCAUUUUGUAUAUUGUUUUCUGUUGAAGCAUUACUCUUGUAAAUGUGAAAACUCUGUUUUUUCAUGUUUUCUGACUCAGGAAAAUCCAAAUCCAUUACGUUCUACUCUUAAAUAUAAAUAAAGUAGCAGGAAAAUUCACACUAGAUUUAUAACUUAGUGGGUCAAUGCUGAACACAGAUGCUUGUCAAGCUAGGGUGAAAUCAGGGUGUAUUGUUUUCUCAAGCCCAUUUGAAAACCACUUUGCACUGCACCAUGCUGCCUCUGCUCCUCACACUGAAUGCUCAAGUACCAAUCCAGCUGAGCAGACUGGGGCUGCCUUUCCCAGGAAUUCAAAGGGAGGGAUGCACUGGCACACUGGGUGUUUAACCCUUUUGUCUCAAUACGCCUUCUUUACAUUAACAUGUGGGAACAGCUCCAGUUCAUGCAUGAUUUUGGAUAUGUUAUGUUGUCCCUAGACACUAACUAAUGUCUCUAGAAGGAUUUCAUUGUACAUUGAUACUUGAUGGCUGAGAUUGAUAAUGGGCUAUGCUUAGCUCAGUGGCUCAGCAGAGAUUGAAGGCAAUUGAUACUAAUAUCACUGUGCUGUUGAAAUAGUCCAGAAAAGGUGUUAGAAUAAUUCAUUUCAUUCUGAAUUAGUAUUUACUGUUACCAUUCCUAGAGGAGAGGCUAACACCUGUCAGACAUUUGACACUGACUGUUAUCAUUGCAGUUUCAGUUUGAGGAAAAGGCAGUCAUCUGUUCUGUACUGAAAUGUAACAAAGAUGUUCCAGGGAAAAAGAGCAUCUCCACUGUGUGGACAGAGCAAUGUAUUUCUUCCUGGUCACUUCUCUCCUUACAGCCAGUAAGAAUAAUGACAGGCUGGACUAAUUGCAUUAUUGGAUAGACAUUUAGUCUUUUAAAUCCAAAGCAGUAAUGACCUGUCUGGAGAUGUGCUGAGGUAAGAGGCCUUCUAGAAAGAUGUAACUCAUUAUUAAAGACUGAAUAAGAAAAACAGUGUAGCUUUGCACUAGGAGAAGUAAUGUGUGGUGAGGUUGGGUUAAAGCAGAAGCUGAGAGUGGAGGGGAGAUUGGGGGACCCCAGCUCCACAGAGGGAACAGGGAUAGGGUGUCCUCCAGACACUGCUACUGCCUCCUCUCCCAAGAGAUUUUCCAACUGUGAAAUUGCAAUGUUAAUACUUCAUUGCCAUCUGUUCCUUUCAGACAUGUUGAGGUCAUUAAUUUGUCUUCUUAAGCCCCCUGAAAAUGAAAGCAGUUUAUUAGUGCUAAGUAAUACUGUUAAUUGGCAAGAGAGAAAGAAGCAGCGUGUGGGUUUAUGAGUUGGAAAUAAAUAAUUCUAAUCAACUCUCACAAUACCAGAUAAAUAACUUAGUAGAA